GGUUGUGUAACGCCCUUAGCGGAAGUGAUCGGUCGCAAGUGAAGCAGCAGGAGUGAUGAUACAGAGGAAGGCGUGAAAACAGGGGAAAUAACGGUGCUCUGCGCAGUUGUUUCAAAGUCAAAUAAGUUUUAUGACAAGAUAAAGACUCGGAGAGAGCAGACGGGAUGAUUUUAGUGGCAUAUUUGUCGUUUUUUCUCCUAAUUUCCUCGGUCGGAGCAGCGAAGGAUGGGGACGAUGACUGGGUUCAUCUGCCCAACAAAUGUGAAGUCUGCAAGUUUGUCAGCAUCGAGAUGAAGUCGGCGUUCGAAGAGACGGGGAAGACAAAAGAAGUCAUCGAUACGAAAUACCGCUUCAUAGACAGCAAGGGGGCGUCGCCGAUCAAAUAUGUCAAGUCAGACCUGAGAUUCAUCGAGGUUGUAGAAAAUGUGUGUCAAAGGCUGCUGGAGUACAAUCUGCACAAAGAGAGAAGUGGCAGCAACCGUUUUGCCAAGGGCAUGUCGGAGACCUUCUCCACCCUGCAUGGGUUGGUGAAUAAAGGAGUGAACGUGGUGAUGGACAUUCCCUACGAGCUGUGGAACGAGACGUCAGCUGAAGUGGCCGACCUUAAAAAACAGUGUGAUGUGAUGAUAGAGCAGUACGAGGACGUGAUUGAGGACUGGUAUAAAGGAAGCCAGGAGGAGGACCUGACCACAUACCUGUGCGAGAAACACGUGCUCAAAGGACAGGACAGAGCCUGCCUGAACGAGAACUGGAAGAAGGGAGACCAGGCAGCGAUUGCAGAAGACAAGAAGAAGAAGAAAAAGAAGAAGGGAGGGAAGAAGGGCAAGGGCAAAGGUGAGGAAGGAGGCGAGGGAGGAGCAGACGGCAGCUCGGAGGGAGAGAAGGCGAGCAAGAAGAAGAAGGAGAAGAAGGUGAAGAAGAAGAAAAAGAGCAAAUCUCCGGUGGAGAAGACGGACGGAGGGGUGUCGUCUGACGAGGAGAUCCAGCCGCAGGUGCCUCUGUCUGGGCAGAAGACGGAGCUGUGAGUCCUGGAUGUGGAUCAGUCAUCCAGAGUGAAACCUGCUGAGUCAAAGCAGCUUCUGGAAGUGUUAAAACUGAGGUUCAAGUCAUUGAAAUCCUGCGCUGUUACAUGUUUUGAAGUCAUUUUUCAGGUUUCAUGAGGGAGAAAUCAGAUGUAUAAUCAGUUACGUACAAUAUUUCGCUCCUUUUUACCCCCACUUCAGUCAUUUAACGGUUUUUAGUAGAGUCUCCAUUGGAACUUAAAGGAUGAUGUGGUUAUCAUAGCUUGGGACCAGUUUUUCUAUUGGUAUUCAUAAUGUUUGUACUUUUGAGGCCACAAACGUGAAAAAGACUUGAAUUGUGAUUUCUGGGCUCGACAUCAUUCUUAGACCAAAAACAUAAACACUUUAGGGAUACGUGAGAACCAUUUCUCAGUAUUUAUUGACAAAUCAUGAAUUAUCCUGUACUAAUACAUCAAAAGAAAGUCUCUAGGUGCACUCUGUAUGAAUGAUUUUACAGUAGGGCUGUGCGAUAUGACCAAAAUCUCAUAUCCCGAUAUAAGAAUUCUAUCGUCCGAUAACGAUAUAAAUCACAAAAAUGUAACAUUUUCUGUAAAUUCGGUGAAUCUCGGGCAGCUCGCCUCGUGUGAAGUGUUUCCAGCUGCGCGUCAUGUAGCUGGAGUCGAGUGUUUUAACCGAUGCAUGAAACGAUACAUUUUUAGACAUAAGUUAUAACAGCCGCCGUUUUCUAAAAUAAAUAUAAAUAUAAAUGUUUUUAUAUCGUCAUCCGAUAUAUAUCGUUAUAUCGAACAGCCCUACUUUACAGUGCUGUACACAAACUACAUACAGAGUUGAUUCACGUAUUUUGUCUUUCUCUCUGCAUCUCACGUUGGCAAAAACUUCAAUCGCAGCUCCGAACUGAGACUCUCUUUCACUCAUGUUUUAAAAUAUUUUUGUGCCCUUUACAGCUGUAGAUCUUUGACCCUCAGUGAGCAUUUUAUUAGGAACACCGACAUCUUUGUAACUUUGACCAAUCCGCUACACUUUCAGUUAUUGUAGAGCUGCGUGAAAAUGUUAAAUGAUAUUGUGUAAAUAACAAACAUAUUAUGAAAUGACUUUUUAAUUCUUUCUGUAAAUAAUCUUUCCACCUAUGUGAGCUCGUAUCUCAGGAUUAACUUACUAAAAAGACACCAUGUAUCAAGGUUACAGAUAAAUUUGACUGAUCAGCCUGUUUGCUGUUAUGUCAGUGGUGUUAUUGUGAAGUUUUCAAACGUUGUGUCCAGCUGGUUCACCUGUAUGAACGAGCAAGCGGGCUGCCCAGGUGUUCCUAAUAAAGUGCUCUAAACAAAUGAUUGCUAAUCCAAUGUUAAAGUUUUUCUUUUAUUUCUCACUGUCCUAAUUUUUAAAGCCCUUCCACAAACUGAUGUAUUAGCUGAAAUGCCCCUUUAAUUAAUAGAUACAACGUGUGGUACUGAUUUCCUGUUUGCUGUACAAAAAGCUGCUAUUGAAGGCCUGUGUGUGUUCGUGCUGCCGCGUGAUCGUCAGGCUCCUGAACUGAAGACGAUGAAGGAUUGUGCGUCUGUUUUUAUGCAUUUUCUUAAGAGUGAACGUGUGUGGGUGUGUGUUUUUACGAGAUUUCUAUCCUGAGGUUAAAAUGCUGGCUGUGUUGUAUUGAAGUUGCUUUUGAAACCACGAGCAGACGCAUCAGUGGAUUAAUAAACAGGUUUCAGAACUCA